UGUGGGCAGGCUGAUCGCAGAUCAGAUACAGCCGCUUCAUAUCUUCAGCCUCCCCCUCCACGUCUUUGAUCCAGGCGCUGGAACCGUGCUGGUCUGAGGACUGGAGGACUGGAGGACCGGAGAUCGGGUUUAGGAGACAGGUCUGUGGCGGCAGCUGCAGCUCGGACAUGGUGGGCAAACCGAUGCCAAAAGUGAACUCCUUCCAUCACCAGUCUGUCGACAACAAUAACCAGCAUUCCUCCAUAGCAGCAGAUUUCUCUUAGCAGCUAAAGACAGACAACAAGUGACUCAUCAAAAUGGUCUGGAUGUGUCUGCACACAGUCGCAUGUUUUCUGGCUUUGCGUGUCAUACAUUUAACUCUGAUUCCUGUCAGGGCUGUGGAAGAGACCAGAGACUGCAGAGAACUGGAGUUCAAGGAUCUAUUUGGGAACUGUAAACCCUGCAAGCAGUGUGAUCCUGGACAGGAACUAUCAAAGGAAUGUGGCUUUGGUUAUGGAGAGGAUGCCCGAUGCGUGCCCUGCCGGAGCAGUCGCUUCAAAGAGGAUCGGAGCCUGCAGAAGUGCAAGCCCUGCCUGGACUGUGGACUCAUCAACCGCUUCCUGAAGGUCAACUGCUCUACCACCAGUAAUGCUGUGUGUGGCGACUGUCUGCCAGGAUAUUACAAGAAGACCAGGUUAAGUGGUUUCCAGGACAUGGAGUGUAUACCCUGUGGGAGUCCUCCGCCGCCUUAUGAGCCUCACUGCGGUGGGCGUGUGAACCUGGUGCCGCUGCCUUCAGUGGUGACCAGCCCACAAGACAUGGUGCUGGCCACCGUCAUCUGCAGCGCUCUGGCCACUGUGCUGCUCGCCCUGCUGGUCCUCUGCAUCAUCUACUGCAAGAGACAGCUACUGGAGGAGAAACCCAGCACUGCCUCUCUGAGGUCUCAGGGUUUCCCUUACAGUGAAGCAGAGUUAUCCUGUCUGGACCCAUGCUGGCUGCAGGAUUAUACCCAGAGACCCUGCUGCAGGUGUUAUGUGGCCUCCGGACAUACCUGUGGUCCAGUCCAUCUGGUUCCAUCUCACUGUUGUGGUGAGGGCUGCAGCCUGGACAGCAGGCCCUUCCAGACCCCAGCGGGCCUCAGUGACAGAAAUACAACCCAGGAUGAGGAGGCUGCCCCAGUGCCGUUGGGAAGAAAUCCAGACUUUCUUUGUGAAGAGUUUGAGAAGAUGAAUGGUGUUAACAGUCCACCGCUGUGUUUUAGGUGGCCUCAGUGCAACAGUAAGCCGAUAGAGAGGCGAAGUGAGGAGGAAGAGGAGAGGGGAGACGAGGAUGGGUGCAAACCAAAGAAGUCACCUGCUGAACAGAGCUACCGUGAUUCACUUUCUCCUACACAGCACCUGUCGAGUGAGGAAGGAUGAUCUGGAUUCCUUUGGCCCAUGUUCCACCCUUGAAUCACACUGGAGUCGGUAUCAGCCACAGCCAGAAUCCCUAUCAGAUUAGUCCCACUGACUCCUCCUCCACACAGACCAUCAGCAGCCACAGCGCUUCUUUGCCAUGCAUGCUGCUCAGAGCCCUGAGUCAGAGGACCAACUGAAUACGUACCGCUGUGGGACAGUCUAGCCUCGGCGCAAAACACACAUUCAUAAAGACGGAAAGUGACGGAAUAAUGUGAGCCUCGCCUCCAAGGUACAAUCCAAUGAAGAUCAAAUCUGAAAGAGGAGUUCCUCGGCCUGGAGAAUCUCAGAAUGUUGAAAUACACUUU